UGCAGAUCUGUUUUCAGCACUUCAAACACACAGCACAGCCCAUCACUGUUUCUCUUCUGAGCUCUGUGUAGAUUCUUCGGAUGUUUUUAUUCAUCAGAGGACCUUCACUCCGAAAAGUUGAAAGCAUUGUUGAAAAUGGAAUCACCCCAAAGUUGUUGUGAUGAGGGUCAUAAAAACCUUGAGGCCAUGAAGGCAGGGAUGUUUCUGCGGAAAGUGAAGUCUCGUCUGUGGAAACGUCAACGUCACUAUAAACUACAGGAGGACUGCAAGACUAUCGCAUAUAAAUCCAACUGGGCAAUAAACUCUUAUUCAACCUUCUCCAUCGGUGAUGUAGAGGCUGUUCGUGAGGGGCAUCAGUCAGAGACCCUCCUCAGCGUGGCAGAUGAGUUUCCUGCUGAACGCUGCUUCACGCUGGUCUUCUGUGGACGCAAGGGAAACCUGGACCUUGUGGCUGAGUCAGCAGAAGAAGCUAAGGCCUGGAUUCAGGGCAUCAGAGCCCUCAUGGAGAACAUGGAGAACAUGGACGAGAACACAAAACAUGACCAAUGGAUUUCAGAUUGGUUUUUCAAAGCAGACAAAAACAAAGACGGCAGGAUGAACUUUAAGGAAACAAAAACACUGCUGAAAAUGAUGAACAUAGACAUGAAUGAAGAACAUGCAAGCCAUCUUUUCAAGAAGGCAGAUAAAUCUCAGUCAGAGACACUGGAGCAUGAGGAGUUUGUGGAGUUCUACAAGACCCUCACAGAGAGAACUGAGGUCCUGGAGCUGCUUCAGGAGUAUUCAAGUGAUGGACAGAUUCUCUCUCAAUGUGAUCUGGAGGAGUUUCUUAGAGAGGAGCAACUGGAGGGCGAGAGCAGUUAUGAACAUGCCCUUCAGCUAAUUGAUCAAUAUGAGCCUUCAAACACAGCCAGAAUGAAUCAUUGUAUGUCAAUCGAUGGCUUCUUAAUGUACAUGACGUCUCCUGAGGGCUCCAUCUUCAAUCCAGAGCAUCAAGGUCUCUAUCAGGACAUGAACCAGCCUCUCGCCCAUUAUUACAUCUCCUCCUCCCACAACACAUACCUGAUGGAAGAUCAACUAAAAGGGCCCAGUAGUGUUGAGGCGUACAUCCAGGCCCUUAAACGCUGCUGCAGGUGUGUAGAGUUGGACUGUUGGAAUGGAUCGAAUGGGGAGCCUGUAGUUUACCACGGACACACAUUCACAUCUAAGAUUCUUUUCAAAGAUGUGCUUGCUACUAUUGCAAAAUAUGCCUUCAAGGUGUCUGAGUAUCCGCUCAUAUUAUCCAUAGAAAACCACUGCAGCAUCGAGCAGCAGGAUGUAAUGGCUCGAUAUUUCAGAGACAUCCUGGGUGACAUGUUACUGACAACCACAGAGAAUAACAGAACCGCCAGUGAACUUCCUUCUCCAGAGGCACUUAGGAUGAAAAUCCUGCUGAAGGGAAAGAAGAUUGAACAUGAGAGCCUCACAGGUGAAGUAAGUGAUGAGGAUGAGGCCGCAGAAAUGAACAAGGACAACGCAGCAACAGAGAGCCCACCAACAGAUGAGAAGAAAUCAAAGCAGAAUCUAUGCAAGGGGUUCUCAGACCUUGUGUUCUGUAAGAGCGUACACUUCCAUGGCUUUGAACAUUCCUCUAUCUCCUCCAAGCCUUAUGAGAUGUCAUCAUUCUCAGAGUCUAAAGUCCGCAAAUAUUCCAAGGAAGCAGGCCGAGAUUUUGUGCUCCAUAACACAAGGCAGUUGACCAGAGUGUAUCCAAGUGGAAUGAGGACGGAUUCAUCAAAUUACUGCCCACAGGACAUGUGGAACAUAGGAUGCCAGAUUGUGGCAUUGAACUUCCAGACAGCAGGGAUGGAAAUGGAUCUUAAUGAUGGGCUAUUUAGUCAGAACAGCCACUGCGGCUACAUUCUAAAACCUGAGAUCCUGCGCAAUAGAGAGAGAUGCUUUGAUCCCGAUAAUCCACAUUCACGAGACGAGUAUCACCCUUUACAAUUGUCUGUUAAGAUUAUUAGCGGCCAACAGCUUCCUAAAGUAAAUAAAAAAGAAUGGUCCAUUGUAGACCCUUUUGUAAGAGUGGAAAUUUAUGGUGUUUCUUUGGAUCAAGCUAAACAGGAGACCGAAUACAUUGAGAACAAUGGAUUUAAUCCAUGUUGGAAUGAAACUCUUCAAUUCACAAUCCACACCCCUGAGCUCGCACUGGUGCGUUUUGUAGUUGAAGACUAUGAUAAAACGUCUAGGAACGACUUUAUAGGACAGUACACACUUCCUUUUACUUCUAUUCAAUCAGGGUACCGUCAUGUUCAUCUGUUAUCAAAAGACGGAACAAGUAUUUGUCCAUCCUCCCUGUUUGUUCAUAUAAAAAUCACAGAGCUCCAAGUUUCAGGAGUUUGAUCAACGAUAUUUUC